AUGAAGAGACUGCAGCUCCUUCGAUGGAGCAAUUCAGUCCUUUCACCACGGGCCCGAACUAAUGUCCGCCUGCAUCAACGUCUUUAUGCCGGUCUACGGCAUCAGUCGACUUCUUCGCCUGUUUCUCAAGCCGAAAACAUUCAAUUGAUUGACGAACAAACAUUGAUCUCGCCAAUCCCUCCCUCCAACUCCCGACAGUCGAGAUACCUCCUCCCUUCCCCCCCGGUCAAAGCCGCACGCGAGUCCCCAAAACUUGCCGCACUCCAUGCACGACUUUACCUCCCUUCGCGAUUACCGCUCGAGACACUAGCUCGCUCUCUGGUAGAUGCUUCCGCGGACCCAAGCCCUGAUUUCAACAAUGAAUCGUUGGCUACAUUAGGCCAUGACCUCCUCACUCAUUACGCCUCCGAACAUCUCGUAUGCACAUAUCCUCGGCUCCCCCUGACCGUGAUCUUCGCAGCCAUGUAUGCGUAUGUCGGUCCUAAGACUCUCGCCGCAAUGGCACGGGAGUGGGGUGUUGAGAUGGCAGUCGCCCCUGGAGGAGAGGUCGACCCCGGUCUGUUGCAGUUCAAGAGGGUGGUUCCCGGCACGGAUCUCAACGCGGAGCCCGUUACUGGUACCGCCAGACCCAACGAACAUCGCAAGUCGUGGAGAAAGUCGGUCACAUCCAGAAUUGUCUACGAUAACGAAUUCGGUGAUCCGGUUAAGGAGGUCGCCGAACCAUUGGCGCAGUCAGUCGCCGAGUCCCAGAGCGCCCAAGGCGUCACCGCCGAACAGGCCAGUGCAACAUUUGUGCGUGCCGUGAUGGGCGCCAUCUACCUUCACGCCGGUCGUCCUGCGGCCAAGCGUUUCUUCGAGCAACACAUCCUCUCCCGACACCUUAACAUCUCCGAUCUGUUCAAUUUCUCGCAACCCGCCCGCGAUCUCACCCGGUUGUGUGCGCGCGAGAACUUUGAGCCUCCCGUCGCCAAGAUCAUCAGUGAAACCGGUCGUAAGAGCAGACACCCUGUCUUCGUCGUUGGAAUCUUCUCUGGUCAGGAUAAGUUGGGCGAGGGCGCUGGCGCCAGUCUGCUUGAGGCUCGGUCAAGGGCAGCUGUUGCCGCCCUCAAGGGCUGGUAUCUGUAUAGCCCCCUCAAUGUCCGUGUGCCCAGUUCGAUGGAGGAGGAAGGAACCGCACCCUGGAAGCCGGUCCAUGUCGACCUGGGUGAGGUGAUUGUGUAA